UUAAACCGAGACACCGGCCGGCUAGCCUGGCGGUCCAGGUGAGGAGAGGAGGUUGUCAGCCUGAUGCGGUGGUGGCCAGCGGAGGAAGCCAAAGCCAAAGCCCGGUAAAACCGACCACACCGGGACGAAAAGAUCCUGGGAGGACGGGCAGGUGGGCUUGAGCUGGCAAAGGAGAUGGCAGGGAAACACCGCAGGAAUGGCAGGGUGACGAGGCUAGCAAGAAUACCAAGAGUAAGUCCCGGGAAUCCUGGAGCUAGCAGGACGGUGGGGGGACUUCACAGUGACCAGGUUUCCCCCAGCUCCACUUCUUGCCACGUCUACACUCUGACCCCCAUGCUAGGUACCAACAGGGAAAAGAGAGGCCUGGCCCUGGAUGGACAGCUAAAGCAUGAAGACACCAAUCUGGCCUCCAGCACCAUAGUAAAAGAAGGGACCAACAAAGAGAUGAUGGGCAUCCUGGUUUCCUACAGAGUCAAAGUCAAACUGGUGGUGUCUCUUGGAGGGGAUGUAGCAGUGGAACUUCCUUUUGUCCUGAUGCAUCCAAAACCUGCAGACCAACCCAGCACCCAACCCCAGUCAACUGCUCCAGAGGCUGAUGCCCCUGUGGAUACAAACCUCAUAGAGUUUGACAUGAAGUAAGUGUGUGUGUGUGUGUGUGUGUUUAAAAAAAGAUGCUUGUUCUCUUAGCCUUAAACCAUUUCUUCACCAUAUUUUCACUCUUAGACUGCAGAGUGAGUGGAUAUGGUGGAUUAAGCCCUCUGAUCACGUAGUAACAUACUGUAGUGACCCAAUAAGGGGUUCAGAUUAGAGAAUUUACAUGUUGCUGAAUUAGAGAGCUGAAAAUGGCACCAGGUUAGGGUUAGGGUUGUUUUGAUCAGUGGUUACAUACACCUAUCAGCUGUAACAUUCUGAGCAACUGGGCACACUGGUGGUCAUAAUGUUAUGCAGCCCUAUACGCAACAAACUGUGAUGCUCUGUGUGGUCUGACCCCUUUCUGUCAGAACCAGCAUAACUUUUUCGGCAGUUUAAGCUACAGUAGCUUG